GCUCUCAGUAGUUACAGUCGAAGGACAUCGUCUCUCGGUCAACAUGGUUACCAUAUCAGCUUCUCGUUUAGCACAACUAAUGCAUUUCGCAUUAGUUCCAAGCCUAAUACUUGCGCAAGACUACGUUACAGUGAACACACAAGAAGGGACCCUCAGAGGACGGUUGUCACAGACAUACACCGGAAAUCCCAUAUACAGGUUUCAAGGCAUUCCAUAUGCAGAGCCUCCAGUAGGAGAUCUGCGUUUCCAGCCGCCAGUGACAAAAGCAGCGUGGUCUGGAGUUAGAGACGCCCUGGCGGUGGGGUCGCAGUGUCCCCAGGAUCGAAGACAUGUCAUAUCUGGGGCCGAAGACUGUCUUUACCUCAAUGUUCAUGGUCCAGGGACACCGUCGCAGAAUGGAACGCUAAAAGCUGUUAUGGUUUGGAUCCACGGCGGAUGUUUCACAGAAGGAUCUGGUACGCCAGUAGCAGACUAUUUUGUGGACAAUGAUGUCAUAUUCGUCGGCAUAAAUUAUCGGCUGGGACUUCUUGGUUUCUUAAGCACCAAUGAUGAAGUCGUCCCUGGGAACAUGGGCCUUAAGGAUCAAGUGGAGGCCCUUCGCUGGGUACAGAGGAACAUAGCAGCGUUUGGUGGUGACCCAGACAAAGUCACAAUCUUCGGCCAGAGUGCUGGAGGGGCUUCCAUUCAUUACCACGUCCUAUCUCCAAUGAGCAAAGGUCUAUUUAAGAAUGCAAUAGCAAUGAGCGGAUCAGCACUGAGCCCUUGGGCAUUCUCUAGAAAUGCAACCGAUAGAGCAGUACGGUUUGCGGAAACUCUAGGAUAUACAGGGACAAGUUCCAGUGAUCUUGUAAAUUUUCUGAAGACAGUGGAUGCAAACACACUAGUUCUGGACGCAUCCAGUGCGUUAUCUGACGAGGACAGCUACAGCUUGUUCGCCUGUGUGUGGGUACCCAGUGCUGAACCAGAACACGAUGGUGCCUUUUUGACGGAAGAACCGUGGACUCUGGUAGCUGAAGGGCGCUACAACCUGGUUCCCUACAUGUCCGGUGUCACCGACCUCGAGCAGCUUGCACAAACACAGCAUAACGGCGCGUUGUCCACAGAAGGGCGAGUAAGGUACCUGAACGAUAAUUUUGACGAAAUUGUCGGAUGUGAUCUACGCCUUCCGACGAGAGAAGAGAGACAGAAUGGAGCUCACGCCGUUAAAGAGUUCUACUACAACGGCAGUGACAUCACGUUGCAGGAUAACUACACCACAGCUCUGUUUGAUUCCCACCUAUUCUUCUCGGAAGGAGUUGACACUGUCAUUAGGAGUAUGGCUCGCUAUUCUUCGGAGCCAGUAUAUUACUACGAGUUUACUUACGUGGGCCCUCUCAGCACAUACCCUGGAGGACCAGGUGCUGCUCAUGGUGAUGAUACACGUUACUUGUUUGCAUCGUCCUCGCUCGAUCCGAAUUCGGAGGGAGGUAUCAUCAGAGCUCAGAUGCUAGCAUUGUGGACUAAUUUCGCCAAAUAUGACAAUCCAACUCCAGAACAGAGUUCACUUCUCACAGUGACAUGGCAGGAGUACGACGAAUCGUCCCCCAACUAUUUGAUGAUAGCAGCUCCUCUCAGAACCGGAACCAACUUAUUUGAGCCUUACAUGAGCUUCUGGCAUGAUCCGCUGCCGUAAAUAUUGUGACAGUGUCAAAGCUAGCACAGCAUUAGCAUAAACAUUAGUUACAUAAUUGCAUAAGAGAUUUAUAUUGUAAAUUAUAUAAGAAGACAAUCAUGUAGUUAACAGCAUCUUCUUUCCUUCGGAACUAAAUUAAUAAUAAUGUA